AUGAAGUUUUGGCUUCUAAACUCUCGUGCAUUCAUGGCCACACCAUUGGCUUUCAGAUCAGUAAGAAGGGCUUGUUUUGCAUCUUCUGCUCUCAAAUGGGAAGGAGGGGUAUCAAUGGUUCAAGGAGCUUCAAGAGGAAUUGGCCUUGAAUUUGUUAAACAACUUCUGGAAAAGAAUGACAAAGGGCAUGUUGUUGCUACUUGCCGAAAUCCUAAUGGGGCAACAGGACUUGUUGAUUUGAAAAAUAAGUUUGCUGAGCGCCUCAACAUUUUGCCAUUAGACCUGAGCAUUGAAAGUACUAUAGAGGCAUCUGCAAAGUCGAUAAGAGAAAAGUAUGGCUCUCUGAACCUUCUGAUUAAUGCCUCAGGAAUCCUUUCAAUUCCAAAUGUGUUGCAACCAGAAACAACAUUGAGCAAAGUAGAGAGGUCAUCCUUAAUGCUGGCUUAUGAGGUCAAUGCUGUGGGUCCUAUUCUAGUUAUCAAGCACAUGUGGCCUCUUCUGAAGGCUGGAGGAGGCUUUGGAACUGAAAGGGAUGUUGCAGUGGUGGCCAACUUAAGUGCCAGGGUUGGCUCAAUUGGAGAUAAUCACCUAGGUGGUUGGCAUUCAUAUCGAUCUUCAAAGUCUGCUUUAAACCAGCUGACAAAAACUGUAUCGGUGGAGUUAGCACGAAAGAAGGAUCCAAUAAUAUGCAUCCUUUUGCACCCAGGCACGGUGGACACAGACCUCUCUAAGCCAUUUCAGAGAAAUGUUCCCAAAGACAAGCUUUUCACCAAAGAGUUUUCAGUGCAGAAGCUCUUAGGAAUCAUUAAUAAUGCAAAGAGGGAUGAUAAUGGCAAGUUUUUUGCCUGGGAUGGCCAGGAAAUCCCUUGGUAA